GCGCCUUUGUUGUCAGACGGUUAGCAGGGCGACCGUUUGUCCCUCGAAGCUAAGCUAACCUGCUAACCAGUUUCACAGGAAGGAAAACAUCAAAAUAAAAGCGCUGAGAUGUUCAGUGUCACGUUUUGACGUCGCAGAGUCCGUCCCUGACGUGGGAUCCGCAGCUGAUUCAAGUCGAGGCCGCUACCAGAGAGGAAAAGUUUGACAAGACCGAGGAGUAGUACACAUGUCGUCUGCAGCAGGGACAGUCGAAAAUGCCUCCAUCAUUUCCGAGAGUGUGGCCCAUGACGGAAACCGCUUGUGGAUAGGCAACAUCGAUCCCAAAAUCACAGAGUAUCACCUGGUGAAGUUGUUGGAGAAGUUUGGCAAUGUGAAACAGUUUGACUUCCUGUUUCAUAAGUCGGGACCUUUGGAGGGACAGCCACGGGGCUACUGCUUUGUCAACUUCAACACUAGAGAGGAGGCAGAAAGGGCGAUCCAGUGUUUAAAUGGGAAGCUAGCUUUGUCCAAAAAGCUGGUUGUGCGCUGGGCGCACGCUCAGGUGAGGAGAUUUGAAGGUUUCCGUAACGACAAGACGAUGCCUCCAAGCCUUGAACCGUCAUGCAGUGGUGCAACAGAGGAAGGAACCGUAACUGCCAACCACCUCAGCACGAGUGCUAAGAUCCGCGCCAUCGAGGCCAAGCUCCAGAUGAUGGAAGAGAAUCCAGAUGAUGACUACUCGGGUCCGUCGGCCUACGUUUACAACAAACCGCCAGAGAGGAAACGCUGGGAGCCCUACUCUAAAUCACACCACAAUAAUAACCAGAGCAGGCCCUUCCGCAAGUUUAGAAGAUGACCCACUCAUUCUGGAGAAUCCCCCUCCUCCCCUUUACACACCUCAGCCCCUUCCCACACACAAACAGACUCUACACUAUAAAGACUAUACACAUCCUAUCUGGGAAUAAAAGGAUUUGAAGUUGUUCAUAAUACUUUGAGAAGCCAAACUCUUUGGGAGUAAUCACAGCAAUCACGGACACGUACUUAAAAGUGUUUUUUUCUUUGAGUUAUUUUUGGGUUGCAGUUCAUCCGUUGUUUUUCAGUCUUAAACGUAUGCCGCCAUACCUGACCGCUGUGCAGGUUGGAUCCCUUAUCAAGUCUGCUUUCUCACUUUUGCAGAGAUUUAAUGCAGGUGAAUCAUUAUAAAGCUGUGAGUCACAUGACACACAGGAAAGAAAGAGAGAGAGAGAUGUUAUUAUUAGGAGUCUACAGGAAAUGCUGAUCUUAUUGUUUGAUGUGUUUUUUACUUUCAGAUUUUAUUUAAAGGUGAAAUACAAAUGUUUGUGUCUUUAUUCAAGCCUUCGGUGAAGAGGAAAAAACACAGAUUUGUAACAGGUUUGUAUUAACAGAGUUCAAAAACGAUAAAGCCACAAGCCACUCAGCGACACGUACUGUAAGUUGCAGUAUUUCUGUGUGAUGUACUUGUACUCCUUUCCUAAUAGUUUGCCCCCCCCCCCCUUUUUUUUGCUUUUCUUUUUUCCAGUUUUUUAUACGACUGCAAUCAAACUCUUUUUUACAGACUUUUUGUGGUGUGUAGAGUUUUUGGUAUUUCCCUUUGCCACAGUCUCUCUUUAUUUUAAUUUUUUCAAUUAAAGGCAAUUCAAUAUCACAUGUGCAGUGUGGUAGAUUCUCGACGUUGCUCCUAAAGCACAGGAUUGAGACUUUAGGAUUCGCCACUAAAGUAAAUGCUCCACAUGGUUUUGCUGAUGUAAUGGGAUUGUUUUAUAAGAAGUCAAAUAAACCAUCUGCAUCUCAUUAAUGGGAGGUUUAACGGA